AUGACCGUCCUCCUUGUCUGGCUGCUGGUCAUGAGCCUGCCACGGGUGGAGACCAACAUCACCGUGUCUGGAAGGCAAAACGCACUGCGGUGUCACGUUUGCGAGAAGGAGAACAGUUUCGAUUGUGAAAGACCGACAGACUGUACAGCCGGCGAGCCGUACUGUACCGCUGUCGCCGUGAGAAUAUUUCCACGGUUCUUCUAUGUUUCCAAGCAGUGCGUAAAGUACUGUGGGACAAUCAGUCCACCUCCACAGAUGGCCAAGUCGUUCGUGCUCAUAAAGCCCACGCCCUUCCUGUUCAUGGCGUGCUGUAAGCAGGACCUGUGCAACAACCAGAAACCAAUCAUCAAAGAAAACAUAGAAGAUAGAUACAAAGAGGGGGGCGGGGAGGACAUCAGCAGAGGCAGCAGUGCGGGGCUGGUGACUUUCCUGACACUGGCCUCUGGGCUCCUGGGCCUCAGGCUGCCGUGA